UAGGAGGAUUAUGCUUAAAACACUUCCCUUUGCAAGGAAAUUCAUAAUAUCGAGUUGACCCCUAUCUCCAGGGAAACUACAAAAAAGCAUAAUAAAGAAAAACCAAACCGACUUAUUAGCUCAACACUUUUGUAGAUGAACUAUACGUUGGAGCUAAAGGAACAGCUUCAGGUUGGGGUACGUUGAGAGAAGAUGGAAAACCUUCGUGCAUCCUCCAGAAGGUAGACGUUCCUGUUAUGAGUAACAAAGACUGCAGAAAUACAAACUAUUCGUCCAAAAUGAUAUCAGAUAACAUGUUGUGUGCUGGGUAUCCAGAUACAGGGAAAAAAGAUUCGUGUCAGGGUGACAGUGGAGGACCCUUAGUGACAAAGAAACGCAAUUCCAGUAGAUAUGAAGUUAUAGGUAUCGUGUCAUGGGGCAACGGAUGUGCUAGGCCAGGUUAUCCAGGUGUCUAUACCAGAGUGACACAGUACCUUGACUGGAUCAAGCAACACGCCGCAGAUGGAUGUUUCUGUGAAGACUGAAAUUGUAACACAACAAAAAUGUAGAGCAAGCGUUCAGAGAGGCGAUCGCUUGUCAUUGGCAACAAUUAGUUUCUAAGCUUCAAACAUUGACCUAUGAUGAACUUUAAAAAAAUGCUCAGGUCCUGUCAAGUUAUAAUAAAUGCC